AUGUCCGAGAAGUCACUAAGUAUAGAGGUCUUGCAGGGCAUUGACUCUGCGUCCGAAGUCUUAUCGUACGAUGGGCAGAAGACAAGAGAGGCUGUUGAGCCGGAAAUCCUGGAUGAACAACUUUCUCAGAAGCACGUAACACAUCUUGGUGAAGCACCAGAUGGAGGAUUAAGGGCAUGGCUUGUGGUUUUUGCGCGAGUACACUUCCAAUCCAUUGAACAGUCACUGACGUCUUUGCAUUGCAGCGCCGGAUUGGUUAUGUUCUCUACGCUUGGUUUUUUACUUUCAUGGGGUAUCUUCCAAGCCUAUUAUGAGGAAAAUCUACUACUCCACACUUCUCCUUCAACUAUAGCAUGGAUCGGUUCUACGCAGUAUGCGUUCAUGUGCCUUCCUUCGCUUGCAACGGGGCGAAUGUUUGACCUGGGAUAUUUCAAAAUACCCUUCUUCACCGCUAGCUGCGUCCUCGUCGCGUGCACCUUCCUAACCGCGGAAUGCACUAAAUUUUGGCAGCUCUUCCUGACACAGGGUGUCGGUCUGGGAGUGAGCUGCGGUUUCCUAUUUAGUCCCGCAGUCGUCAUCGUGUCACAUUGGUUCUCCAAGAGACGUGGCUUGGCUUUGUCGCUCACCACCGUUGGGACUGCGCUUGGCAGCAUCGUGUUUCCUGUGGUGGCACAAAAUUUGAUUCCAUUAAUUGGGUUUAAAUGGACAGUUCGGGUGUUUGGAUUCAUUUUGAUGGCUACCCUGGGGACAGCCAAUGUAUUACUGAAACGACGACUCCCGCCCGUCAACGUUCGUGGGGGACUCUUCAAUCUUAAAGCAUUCCGCAACAAGGCAUUUACCGUCUAUUGUAUCUCGGGAAUUAUGAUACUUUUAGGUCUUUAUACAGAGUUAAUAUAUCUCUCUGUGAGCGCUACAGCAAUUGGCGUCUCAACAGAUUUUUCAUUUUAUAUACUCGCGAUCGCCAAUGCAGCAUCUGCAUUGCGUGUAUCAUUUGGGCUGAUGUCAGAUAGAGUCGGUGCUAUCAACACCAUGGCAAUUUUGACUACUGUGACGGGAAUUGCGACAAUCGCUUGGCCAUUUGCUAAAAAUGAAUCCCAGCUUAUUGCAAUUGCCGUCAUUUAUGGUUUCUCCCUCGGAGCAUACGUAUCUCUCUACUCUGCACCUCUUGUAGCAAUGGGACAUAUGGAAGACGCGGGACGUCGAGUGGGAAUGUUCGUGUCCCUCCUUGCCUUUGGAGGCAUUGCAGGUCCUCCGAUAUCAGGCGCUAUCAGUACCACGACCGGGGGUUUCGCCGCCGCGGGUUAUUAUUCAGGUGGCAUCAUUAUAUUUGGUGUUGUAUUGCUACUUGUGGCGCGGUAUCUCCAUCUUGGACGGCUAUGGGGCAAGUUUUGA